CAUGGCCCACCACUGACAUUUGUGUCGUUCAGCUCUUUGUAGCAGCAUCUCAUCUUGAGGAAAUAACGUGAUUCCUGUACGGCAAAUUUCCAACAGCAAAAAUGUACGCCCCACAGCAGCCAAUUCUGAUUCUCAGCAAAAAUACCAAGCGAGAGAGCGGCCGAAAGGUGCAGUUGGAGAAUAUCAAUGCCGGCAAAACCAUCGCCGAUCUUAUCCGCACAUGUCUGGGCCCGCAGGCGAUGAUGAAAAUGCUGAUGGACCCGAUGGGUGGCAUCGUGAUGACCAACGAUGGUAAUGCAAUCCUGCGCGAAAUCACCGUACAACAUCCGGCCGCCAAGAGCAUGAUCGAAAUCGCUCGCACGCAAGACGAAGAGGUCGGUGACGGUACCACGUCCGUGAUUGUGCUGGCCGGUGAGAUGCUGGCCGUGGCCGAACAGUUCCUUCAGCAGCAGAUUCACCCGACCGUCAUUAUUCGCGCGUACCGGGAGGCACUGGAGGACAUGGUCCGCAUUCUGCAGGACGAGGUUAGCAUCGAGCUGGACCGUACCGACAAGAAAAAGCUGGCCGAUGUGGUAAAGUCUUGCGUCGGCACCAAGUUUGUCGGCCGCUGGUCGGAUCUGGCGGUGCGCAUUGCGCUCGAUGCCGUCGAGACGGUGACGCUGACCGAGAACGGGCGCACGGAGAUCGAUAUCAAAAAGUACGCCAAGGUAGAGAAAAUCCCCGGCGGCUCGAUUGACGAUUCGUGCGUGCUGCGUGGAAUCAUGCUGAACAAGGACGUCACACACCCGAAGAUGCGCCGUUACAUCGAGAAGCCGCGCAUCGUCCUGCUGGACUGUCCGCUCGAGUACAAGAAGGGCGAAAGCCAGACGAACGUGGAAAUUGUGGGCGAUCAGGACUUUACCAAGCUGCUGCAGCUCGAGGAGGAGCAUGUGGCCCGGCUCUGCGAGGACAUCAUUGCCGUGAAGCCGGACGUAGUGUUCACGGAGAAGGGCGUCUCCGAUCUGGCCCAACACUUCCUGAUGAAGGCAGGCAUCACGGCGAUCCGUCGGCUGCGCAAGACGGACAACAAUCGGCUGGCCCGUGCCUGCGGUGCCACGAUCGUGAACCGCACGGAGGAGCUGACCGAGAAGGACGUUGGCACGGGUGCCGGCUUGUUCGAGAUCAAGAAGCUCGGUGACGAGUACUUCUGUUUCGUGACCGAGUGUGACGAUCCGAAGGCGUGCACGAUUCUGCUCCGCGGUGCCUCCAAGGACGUACUGAACGAGACGGAGCGUAACCUGCAGGACGCUCUGCACGUCGCCCGCAAUCUGAUGCUCGACCCGAAGCUGCUGCCCGGCGGUGGUGCAGUGGAGAUGGCCGUCUCGCAGGCGCUGACGAACAAACAGAUCCAGGGACCGUACCGGGCCGUUGCCCAGGCACUGGAGAUCAUCCCCCGGACGCUGACACAGAACUGUGGUGCUAACACGAUCCGCACGCUGACGGCACUGCGAGCGAAGCAUGCGUCACACCCGGCGAGCGAAGGGCCGUGCACGUGGGGCAUCGACGGUGAGACUGGCCAGCUGGUCGACAUGAAGGAGAAAAACAUCUGGGAGCCGCUGUCGGUGAAGCUGCAGGUGUACAAGACGGCCGUCGAGACGGCAAUCCUGCUGCUGCGCAUCGACGACAUUGUGUCCGGAUCGAAGAAGAACAGCGGUGACGGUGCCGGCCCUUCGCCAGCCGCCGCUGCUGCCGGCAUGGGAGGAGAGUAGAGCGGGAAGUGGUCCGUUUCCCGGUGGCCACUAUAAUAUGUUCCACGCGCGCUAACUUUCCUUCACAAGCCUUCCUAGUAUUGCGCGAUGUGGAUUGCGGAUUUGGCUCGUUUGAUCCUUUGAGAUCCGUGGCCUGAUGCAUUUUUUUUAUCAAACGCCUAACAUUUAACACACUCACACACAAACUCACAAAUAUCUAUCGCACAUACUACACGGGCAGCAGCAGUUCACUCUUUCAUUUUGCCUGUUCGUCGUCGUCGUGUGACCGUCACCCUCAUUAUACCUUCUCUUCGAUCGUCUCUAUAUUACCACGUUUGUUUGCUUAACUUGUGCGAUCGUGAGAGAUUUUCACACGCCUCGCUUUUGGAAAAGCGUACGAUCGCGAAUGAUGUAGCACGACAUAAAAUAAAAAAAUCAAAUAAUGAAUCACA